AUGGAAGUUUUUCAGGGACUCUUACAAGAAUUAGAAAUUGACACAGACAGCCGCGGGAUGCGAAAACAGGAAAACAAUCACUACAAGUCACAUCCGUCGCAAUUCCGCGAUGAAAGAAAUAACAACUGGACACGACAAGGCUAUUCUCACAAUACAAAUCGUGAACAAAACAGACACCACCCAUACGACAACCACUGGCAGAGUAAUAGUUACAGAGAAAGAUCGCAUUUCCGUAGUAAUGAAUAUGACGGAGACAAUCACAGAAACAGACAAUUUGGCAACCAGAACUAUUAUUAUCACGGGAGACAGAAUAACUUCAGACGCAACGGUCCACCGUGCAGUGAUAAUUCAGGGAGAAAUUCUCCACCACUUAACCAACAAGAAAGAAACUGUAGUAUCUACCGACAUGACGACAGACGAUAUAAUGAUAGCGACAGACCUGAAUUUUAUCAGAACUGGCGGGAUUCAAAUAGAGCAGGGGACUUUCGAAAACAUGAAUUUGUAGAAGCUAGGUCUCCGAAUCCCAGUAACGAUGCGCACCAACUAAGAAACAGACAAUGA